UCCAUCUCUAUUCUCUACUCUACUCUCCAAGAAAAUUUACAUUUCGUGUGUAGUUUGUACAAAUCACGAUUAUUUUUUUCGUGAGGCAACAAAAAAAAAAACUAUAAAGUUAAUAUAAAAUGGCUCAAAAAGGCGUUAAUCCAAUUGCAGUUUUAAAAAGCAUUUAUAGCAAUGAAUUCCAAUGGUCAGUGGUCAAAAGCUUCGGGAUAUUCCUGCUUGGUGUGCGUAUCGCAAAAGAAUUUGUCGGUGUGGAAAUUAUGCCCGCCAUUACACCGCAUUAAGAAGAGGAUUGAUAUGACACCCAACACGGAAGUACUUAGUAUAAGGAAAACACUUGCUUGUUAUGCAUUGUUUAGUGCUACAACUACUAGAGUAAUAAAAAAUUAUAUUGUUAAUUAAAAUGAA